CCCUUUUUGGCAACUCGUCAAGAGAUCUGUGUGCCUUAGUAAUGAGUCAGAAUGUUAUCACGUAUUCAAUAAUGUUAAACUUUCUCAAUGUUCAGAUGCCGCCACGUAGGGAACCCGAUCAUCCGGCUCCUACUCAGGCUACUGUAGUCGCACAAUUCCGCGACUACCACGCUGAAAAGUUCUCAGGGCAGGGAGAUCCCCGCAUUGUAGAUGAAUGGAUUCAGGGCUUGGAGUUUAUCUUUGAGCUAGUCCGCGAAAAGUACUACCCCUCCUACUAUCGGGCAGAGAUGGAGCGUCAGUUCUUAACGCUCCAGCAGGGCACUCGUACAGUUGAUGAGUACGAGAGAGAGUUCACUAGACUUGCAGCUUUCGUACCGGAUCUGGUUUGCACGGAGGCUCAGAGAGCGCAGCGGUUCAUCGACGGGCUUUACCCAGCAGUCCGUCACAACAUCGUGAGACACGGGACACAGACCUACGCUCGUGCAGUUUCUAUCGCCCAGGAGGUGGACGUUAGCAUCAGGAGGGAGGCCGUCCGUGAUCGUGCCCAGCCAUCCGCCCCAGUUCAGCCAUUCGCAGCUCCACCAGCUCUACCAGCUUCUCAGCCGGCAAAGGAGAAGAAGAAGAAGGGGAAGGGUGCACAGACUGAUCGGAGGACCCGACAGAGACAACAGCAGGCUCCACCGUGCCCGACUUGCGGACGACUUCAUCGGGGAGAGUGCCACAUGGGUCAGGACAUCUGCUACUACUGCCACAAGCCUGGACACUUUGCGAGUCGCUGUCCGAAGAGACUUCAGCAGCAGCCUCAGCAGCCUCCGCAGCCACCACAGCAGCAACAGCCACGUCAGCAGGCGCAGAGGCCGCCUCAGCAGCAGCAGCAGAGGGGCAGGCAGCAGGCCCGAGUUUACGCGGUUGAUCAGGCAGAGGCAGCACAGCAGCCAGGUACUAUAUCAGGGAUGGUCAUACUUAAUGAUAUUCCUGUUUUCGCUUUGUUCGAUACUGGAGCAACACAUUCAUUCAUUUCACGACGAUGUCUUGAUGCCAUAAGAGUUCACGCCGUUACCGCUGUCGAUCCUCUCGAGGUGAGUUUAGCCUCGGGACAGAAGAUAGUGACCUCAGCUAAAGCCUCAGAUCUUAGCCUUUCCAUCGGUGGUCGUUUAUUGUCUACCGACCCGUUUGUUCUCGACAUGAGGGACUUCGACCUUAUUCUCGGAAUGGAUUGGCUAUCCUUCUAUCAUGCGAAUAUCAGGUGUCACGACCGGGAGAUCACUCUCUAUCUUCCGGGAGAUGAGUCGAUCACUUUCUUUGGCUCCAGGAAUCGUUCACUGCCUCAUGUU